AUGGACAAAAAACUGAAAGCUGCACAACACAAAAAGCUCAUUGCGUUGGAGCAUAUCAAAUCGCUGGAGCGGUUUAAAGAGUCCUUCAGCAGCGGUGACGCCAGCCAGAUUCCGGAGGCGAUGGAGGGGCUGGAGCAGCACAGGAGCGACUUUUUUGCCGCGGUGGCAAAACUGGAGGAAUGCGACGACAGCAGCGAGGCAAUUCAAUCCUGUAUCCACGACAGGAUCGAUAUGGAAGAACGGUGUCGGCGACUAAAAUCUUUCUUAAGAGAGAAUCAACGCAAGGAAGCUAGCCCGCUGAACGAUUCGACACUUUUGGCAAAUUCUACUCUCGCGUUUGGACGGCCAAACGCAACCAACCUUCGGUUGCCAAAAAUCGAUCUACCUACGUUCGAUGGGGAUUCGACAAAGUGGUUGUCAUUCCGCGAUCGUUUUGUUUCGAUGAUUGACGCUUCAGCAGAAUUACCACCCAUUGCUAAGCUUCAAUAUCUUCUUUCUUCAUUGAAGGGCGAAGCAGCGGUGCCCUUUGAACAUGUGGCUCUGACGACCGAGAACUACGCAGUGACGUGGGCGUCACUACUUAAGCGUUACGAUAACCCGCGAACCCUGAUUCGCGAGUACUGGCGGAAGUUACAUUUUCUUCCGGGAAUCGAGACGCAAACUGUCGACGGGUUAACGUCGUUGGUGGAUGAAUUCACACGAAAUGUGAAGGGACUGGUGAAGCUACAAGAACCAGUCGAUUCAUGGGACACUCCCUUGUCCAACUUGCUACUGAUGAAAAUGGACGACGAAACCAUUUUAGCUUGGGAGGAACACUCAGUACAGUUUAAAAGUGAUAAAUACAGUGAGUUGAUCGAGUUCCUGCAGGAUCGAGUGCAAAUUCUGAAAGCGAGAAACAGCUUGGUGUGCGGAAAGAUGGCUUCUACCAAGGUGGCCGGCGCAUAUCGUCUUCCUGCACAACGAAAAUCGAUCAUAAACGCAGCUGCAGUGCAGAAGAAUCCAUCCAGCUCUGCUUCUUUUCAACAGCAGACAUGUCCGUUACAGUGUCCGGAUCCUCAUCUGUUACGCAAUUGUCCGGUAUUUAUCAGCAAGGAUAUACAACAACGACGAGACAUCGUCAAAACAAAGGGUGUAUGUUGGAACUGUCUUAGUAGUUCUCACCAAGUGAAAUUGUGCAAAUCCGGGUAUUCGUGCCGCUCAUGCCACGAACGUCAUCAUAGCCUACUUCAUCACGCAUCGCAAUCAUCUGUAACUGUGCAACCAAAAGUUACUUUAGCAGCACAAUCCGACGACGAAAUGGUGUUCCUAGAGACUGCAUUAGUUUACAUCGAAGACGAUUAUGGCACGAGAUACGAAGCAAGGGCGCUUCUUGAUUCUGGUUCGAUGUCAAAUUUCAUAUCGGAAUCAUUGGCUCGGAAACUCGUGACACCUCGUAUGAAAGUGAAUGUGUGUAUUUCUGGCAUCGGCAAAGCAAUGCACCAGGUGAAGGGUUCGAUCACCGUUAAUGUUCGAUCCAAGGACCUACAUUUUGCCACACCGAUGGAAUUUUUCAUUUUGGACGCACCUACGGCAGACAUUCCUACCAAACCGAUAGACGUUUCUUCAUGGAAAAUGCCGAAUGUGACGCUUGCAGAUCCGAAUUACCACGUUCCUGGUAAGGUGGAUAUCGUCAUCGGUAGUAAUCCAUUUUGGGAGCUUCAUACUGGACGCAAGCGAUCGUUAGGAACCGGCAAGCCGUGGCUAGUGGAGACCCAAUUGGGAUGGGCUGUUUCCGGGAAUGCAAUGCAUUCAUCUCAGUCCAUACGAGUAUGUCAUGUUGCAACGAGGGAAAUUCCAUUGGAAACAAUCAUGACACGUUUCUGGGAGAGUGAAACCAUCUCCGAUGAGCCGGCUCUGUCGGUGGAAGAAGACAUCUGUGAGAAUCAUUUCAUCGCCAAUACAACUCGGGAUGAUUCUGGAAGGUAUGUCGUUAGCUUGCCACACAAAUCUAAUCCUAGUGUCAUUUUAGGAACCUCAAGGCAAAUAGCAGAUCGUCGUCUGCUAGCGGUAGAACGGCGCCUGAAGUGUAAUCCUGACAUGAGAGAAGCAUACUCAUCGUUUAUGCAAGAGUAUGAACACUUGGGACACAUGAAAAGGCUCGAGGAGCCAAUCGAUGAUUCGUGUCCACACUAUUACUUACCGCACCAUGCUGUGGUAAAGGAAUCCAGCACGACCACCAAGGUUCGUGUAGUUUUCGAUGCGUCGUGUAAGACGACGUCAGGUUUUUCGUUGAACGACUCACUGCUGGUUGGACCUGUCGUUCAACAAGAUUUGUAUACGAUAAUGCUCCGAUUUCGAUCCCAUGCUAUUGCGAUCACGGCUGACGUUGAAAAGAUGUACCGUCAAAUUCGUCAUCACUCUGCAGAUAGAAACUUCCUUCGAAUUCGGUACAGAAAGGAUCCGUCAGAACCCAUAGCAACCUACGAGCUUCAGACAGUAACUUAUGGUACCGCAUCUGCGCCAUUCUUGGCCACACGAACGUUGAAGCAAAUUGCCUACGAUUGUCAAGAACAAUACCCUCGCGCAGUGAAUCCGGUGCUUCGAGAUUUUUACGUGGACGAUCUAUUGACGGGGACGAACGAGUUGUCGGAAGCGAUCGAGAUGCAGAAACAAAUUUCAACCAUGUUGCAGUCGGCUGGGCUCACGUUGAAGAAAUGGGCAUCGAACAGUCCUGAGGCGCUUCAUGGGAUCCCUCAGGAGGAUUUGGCGUUGCAAACUCCUCGGGAAUGGAGUACGGCGCAAUUUGUGUCCACUUUGGGACUGAUCUGGGAACCAACUGAAGACAUGAUCCGAUUUCGCAUCGAACUACCACCUGCCGCAUCAUCAUUAACAAAGCGCUUAGUGUUAUCAUACAUCGCGAAGAUAUUCGACAUACUUGGAUUGCUAGGCCCAACGAUCGUGCUUGCAAAAAUAUUUAUGCAACAAUUAUGGUCGUUCAAGGAGAAUGGUGCUACACUGGAUUGGGACAGCCAUACGGAGCCUGCUGUUAUCUUCGAGCAGAAAAUCAAGGUGGAAUUUCUGUAA